AUGGGACGUAGAAAAAUAGCGAUUGAACCCAUCGUUGACGAGCGAAACCGCACGGUAACGUUCAUAAAACGGAAAGCUGGUCUGUUCAAGAAAGCACAUGAACUGGGCGUUCUAUGCCAGGUGGACAUUGCAGUGAUUAUUCUGGGGUCCAACAAUACCUUUUACGAGUUUUCAUCGGUAGACACAGAUGACCUUAUUGAUCACUACCAGAACUCCAAGCUGCCGCACGACGUGAAAGGGCCGGCAAACUAUGGGAAUUUCAGCAAGAAAAAGCGGGUUGUUAUCCAUAACCGAGCCAAACGGCGGUUUGGUCGCGCUUCGCCCGACACAAAUAGUGCAGACGACAAGGACGACAGCAAUGAAGCAGGAGACAACGACGCAGACGAUCUCGGGAGACCCUUCCAAGGCAGCGUACAAGGUCAGAACGACAAUAGUGAGCAAAAUCUCGACGACGAGGACGAGGACGAUGACGAUGAUCCCGAAAACAACAGUAUUUGUGAGUCCGAGGGCAACUCCGAGAGUGGGGUGGUGCCCGGAGUAGGGCAAGCCCGCAAACCGACCAGAAAAAGGCUUAAAAUCUCUGCUACACCGUCUUUUCCCAACGCUCCGGCGGCCAGGUCCGGCAAAAACCCGUCUUUCAACUCUCUCCAACAGCAAGUGCAGCGUCAAUUUCACAAUCUGUAUGCUGUCGCAUCAAAUCCGGAAGCUUCCUCGUCUUCCGGCUUUGCACAUUUCGGUACCCAACCGAACUCUUCAUUCUCAAGAUCCAGCGUGCCCGGCUCAUAUGCCAGAGGGUUUAGUCCAGCGGCAGGCGUUGCGUACGGCGGAGCAGCUUACGCAAACACAAAUCCCAAUGUCGGGCUGCGAUCUACGUCCAUCCCAACGGGGAUAGAUCGUGGAGGCGUUCAAACAGUACCGAGGACAAAUCCACACGGGUCGUCACUCAUCGACGACACGCCUUCGAGAUCCGAUUCCCGCUCGCUUCCGCAAUCGAAUCCUACCACCAGUGGCACCAACUCGAGACCCACCCUGCGCGUGCAAAUUCCUUCCAGCUCAGGUACCGCCAUUAAAAGUGAGCCAUCCUCAGCCAUAUCUCCCAAUCGCACCAAUGUCAACUCCUCUUCACAGUUUGCGCGCAGCAAUGCUGGCCAUAUCGAACUGCCGCACCCUACACAGUCCAAAAACAGCACACCGCAGUCGGCCCACGCCCCGAUUGUAAGUCCCGGUCUCGAUCGCAGCGACAAAACGCACAGUUUCUUACCAUCAGCCGGCGGCAUUGGCGCUGCCAACCCCGGGAACGGUUUCCUUUUCAACGGACUGCCGUCUGCACUCAACGCAUCACCCUCAAUACAGCAGUAUUUCGCAACGCCAGUGCAACCAAACCCGACAGGAACAGCUACCAGCACGGCAGGGUCGAUAGUACCGUCAGUAUCACACCCGAACGGGUAUCUGAUGCAAAAACAUAUUCAGAUGGCUCAACAAGAGCAGAAUUUACGAACGCAACAUGCAGCGGGCGGCGCAGAACCUACGUCGGGUCCCUUGACUGGGCUGCCCUCGAAGUUUGCUAACGAUCUGAUAGUAGCGUCGCCGAACACAUCGAUGUCGAUGUUCCAGGACUGGGGUUACGGUCGUACGGGAAACGGCAACAACAGUUCUGGGGCGCAGCCUGGAGGAGCGACUACAGGUGCGCCCUCUGGUGCUGCAAACAACGGUGGCAGCGGCUUGACACCGUACAUCAACGUGAAUCAGACGCCAUUGUCGAGCAAGUAUUUUAUAUUCGGAGACCCGAACGACGACAAGAAUAAGAAGCCCUGA